UGUUGUUUUUUCACUGUUUUGCAAAUUUUUCUCACAUUUUUUCCUUCCACUAAACUUUCCAUUGAACAUAUCCAGCGGCUUCUUCAGUGGUGACCUUUUUGUAGCUCUCCCCCCCAUAACGGGAUAUUUCUUCUUUAAAACACGUUCAUGUUCUUGUUUUCUGGAUGUUUUUAUUGUUUUGUGAGGAAACUUUUCGCUCAAAUUAACGCAAAUACAGAAAAACUUUAACAUGUCCCCCUGCGUGGACUGCGUGGGGAUUUUGAUGGGAAUUAAUGAAAUAAAUGCGGGUUUGGGUGAUUCGUGGAGACGCACCUGUGUUUGUUUCCUAAUUAUCGCGGAUGAAAGCAGCCAAUCACCGCAUCAAACCGCCAGUCAAUCAAAGCGUCUCGUCUAUUUUCUGCUUCUUCCAGCUCUAGUUGUGCGCUCAGAGUUUCUGCUCGCUCCUGCAGCCGCAGCAGCUGUGAGCUAGGUGGCCGCACUCCCGCAUUUAUCACGCAGCCAGCCACGCAUCCAGGCAGGCAGCGCCGCGCAUGGGCUCCGUCCUGCGCACCGGGGGAUCUCCAGCAGCCGCAGCCGACAGGAGCGCACUGCCAUCCGGCUUGGGAGCAGCGCGCAUCCCGCCUGGACUCUCCCUCUGAAACACUCAGCUUUUUCUUUUCUUUUUCCUUUUUUUCUUUUCUUCUUUUUUUGGGUUUUUGCGGCUGGAAAAGAAGAGCGAGUGAGUGCGGAGUGAGGGGGGGAAACACGCGAAAACACUCCCCUCUUCUCUUCUUUUUAUUUCCUGUCAGUUUGUUUUAUUUCCUGCUGCCAGAAACCAGGAACCGGGACUGAAGCGAGCCGCAGCUCGGAGGAUGAAGCCGAACUAGCCCCGCUGGUCGCGGCUCCGCGCUCGUUUUUCUGGAUUUAUUCCGCUGUGGAGGAAAGAAAAAAGCAAAAGAAGCGACCCGCGGAUGGCCGCGUUGGGGACGGACAAGGAGCUGAGCGACCUGCUGGAUUUCAGCGCGAUGCCAAACAGCGAUUUGAAAAUGUUCCCAACAUCCAUGAUGUUUUCCCCUCCUGUUAGCAGUGGAAAGAACGGACCCACCUCCCUGGGGAGCGGACAUUUCUCCGGCUCAAGUAUGGAGGAAAGAACAAAUGCAGCUUCAUGGGCGAGUGGAAGUCGCUCCUCUAAGAGUUACGCCGACGGAUCGCAGUUCAUGGCAUCACAUGACAGCCUCUCGCCUCCGUACUCAAACUCCAGGCUAACAGGUAAAUCGGAGAGGAGUUCUUACCCGUACGGCAGGGAGUCCAACCCACACUGCCAUCAGGCGGUUCUGGGCGGCGAGCUGGCGAUGGGCAGCCCCAGCGCGGCGUCGCCCACCAAGCCGGCGGGUCAGUACUACCAGCACUACGGGUCCAACCCGCGCAGGAGAGCGCUGCACAUGGACGCCAUGGAGGUCCACACAAAAAAGGUGCGGAAGGUCCCUCCCGGCUUGCCGUCCUCAGUUUACGCUCCGUCUGCCAGCACAGCCGACUACAACCGGGACUCGCCUGGUUACCCGUCCUCCAAGCCUCCCAGCGCCGGCUUCCCCAGCUCCUUCUUCAUGCCAGACGGCCACCACAGCGGCGACCCCUGGAGCAGCAGCAGCAGCAGCAGCAUGGGCCAGCAGGGUUACCAUAGCAGCAUGCUGGCGGGCGGGAACUCGGCGCACGGCCCCGCCCAGAGCUCCUCCUACUGCGGGAUCCACCCUCACGACCGACUGAGCUACCCGUCACACUCCUCGUCCGCAGACCUCAGCUCCAGCCUUCCUCCCAUGUCCAGCUUCCACAGGGCCGGCGGCGGCGGAGGGGGCGGAGCCAAUCACUACAGCACGGCCUCCUGCACCGCCUCCACCAACGGCACAGACAGCGUCAUGGCUAACCGAGCACAGAGCGGCGCCGCCAGCAGCUCCCAAACCGGAGACGCCUUAGGGAAAGCCCUCGCCUCAAUCUACUCUCCAGAUCACACCAACAACAGCUUCUCGUCCAACCCCUCCACCCCGGUCGGCUCGCCUCCAUCACUCACAGCUGCCAGUUCAGCCGUCUGGUCGAGGAACGGAGGACAGGGAGCGUCGUCGCCGAACUACGAGGCUCCGCUGCAUUCACUGCAAAGUCGCAUCGAGGACCGGCUGCCACGCCUGGGGCCGCCAUCACUCGCCAUGGCGCAAGACGGCGACGACAUGCACGGCCUCAUCGGAGCAUGCCAAGACACGCACAACGGCGCCAUGGGCGCGCUGGGCAGCGGCUACGGGACGGGACUGCUGUCGGCCAAUCGGCACUCACUAAUGGUGGGCUCCCACAGAGAAGAUGGCGGCAGCGUGGGCAGUUUGCGCGGCGGCCACUCCAUGGGGGGUCAGGUGUCGGUUCCUCAGCUGCCGGUCCAGUCGGCGACCUCACCGGACCUCAGCCAGCCCGACCCGUACCGCGCCCUGUCCGGCGGCCUCCAGGGUCAGAGCACGUCCUCGGUGAGUUCGGAGAUCAAGUCUGAGGACGAGGGAGACGAGAACCUGCUGCAGGACUCCAAGUCUCUGGACAAGAAGGACGACCUGGACAAGGAGCUCAAGGCCAUAGAGAGGUCAAGAUCUAGCAACAACGACGACGAGGAUUUGAGCCCGGAGCAGAAGAUGGAGCGGGAGCGGGAGCGCAGGAUGGCCAACAACGCCCGGGAGCGGCUGCGCGUCCGCGACAUCAACGAGGCGUUCAAGGAGCUGGGCAGGAUGGUGCAGCUCCACCUGAAGAGCGACAAGCCGCAGACCAAGCUGCUGAUCCUGCACCAGGCCGUCGCCGUCAUCCUCAGUCUGGAGCAGCAAGUCAGAGAGAGGAACCUGAACCCCAAGGCGGCCUGUCUGAAGCGCCGCGAAGAGGAGAAGGUCACCGUCACAUCGGAUGGGACGCCCCUCUCGCUGGCCGCCGCCCACCACGCCGCCGCCGCCGCCAUGGGCGAUGGACCAAACCCCCUGGGACAAAUGUCCAAGGUGCCAGAGUUCAUCAGGAUGAUGAGUGACCACUUCCUCUGACGGCGUUUUCCACCAACCAAUCACGCGCCGCCUCUCGCUCCAGCCCGACCAAGUAGUUCCUCCGGGUCAGAUCCGCCUUCGUCUCCUCUGUGAUCUGUCGUCUCCGCUUCGCCGCCAUUUUCUUCUUCUUCUUCUUCUUCUUCAGUCGAGAAAAUCGGACUUCAGAAUCGCAUUUGUCGCUUUCCGGACGUUUCGAAACGGCAACGGACAAAUUUGUUUGGAUCCGCCCACGGAACUGUUGUGCUACGUGUUUUAUCAGCAUUCCCAGGACAAAAAGGCUCUAUAUAAAUAUAUAUAGUAAAUAUAUAUAUAUAUAUGUGUGUAAGAAAACAGAAAACGUUUAAAAACUUGAGUCGGGCAGCGAGGAAGGUUGGGGUUUAGGAGGGAGCAAACAUAUCACAAAGUGUUUAAAGAGAUUCUUGUUUUUUAACGCAACAUUUGCGCAGCGGUUGAACGCAGCCUCACGGCUCUCUAGCGCCACACUGUGGAUGAAGCUGUGCCUCACCUCCUCUCGGGUAGACGCACACGGAGAGGAAUCUGAAAAAAAAACUCCCUCAAACUUCCCCAGGAAAGCUUAGGAAGGAGACAAACCGGCACCCCACAGGAGCGCUUAGGAGCUUCUCUCCAAACCUGCACAAAGUCACCAUGUUUCUGUAGAGGUAAAAGUACAACAAACGCUCGGGACCGGAUAGAGACCAAACGGCGCUAACGCUAGCUUAGCUCGACAAAUCAUGGAGAGAUGAAGGGAAACUUGGACUGGACAGCAAAGCGAAUCACAUUCCUUGAGCCUCGCUACUUGAAUCAAGAGCUCCAACAUGGAAACACAAGGCGAGGGUCAGAGGAGGCCAGGGAACAAUCACCAUGGCGACGGAGAAGCAUUCCCGCUCCAAUCCCAAUCCUGCCCACGCUCCGACACCGGUGAAAGGGGGCUUCAAGAUGGCCGCCGCAGGGCGCUAGAGUUCAGAGUUCAUCCUGGUUGGACCAGGGAGGAUUUUCACCAGCAGCACCAGGUCAGAACAGGAAGUGGAAACUUUCCAUCCGACUGAUUCCAUCAGACAAGAAAUGAAUUCAAUUCAAACAUGAACAAGUCGUUAAAAUCCGGAUGACGAAGGUCAAAACCAGAAGAAAUAUUCCUGUAAAUCGUCCCAGAAGGUUUUGUGAUAAACGAUAAAAUUAUUGUUUUGAUUUUCAGAAAAGUAAAAAAAUAUUUGGAAAAGAAGUUUACUGAGUAACUGAAGAAGUUAUCAAUCAUCUAAAAAUGAUGUCAUCAGACAAACUGAACCGACAGACUGUCUUCAGUCAGAGGCUUCUUCAGGUCACUGUAACACAGGCUGCUACAGGAGAUCUUUCCUGCCAACAGCAUCGUUCGCUGCAAUAACCUUCAAUUGAGCCAAAAUAUGAUAUUAAGUGAAUAUUUUAGUAUUUUAGGGACCAAAAUCACAAUAAUUCAUAUAAGUAGAAAAAAUAAAUAAAUUUGACAAAAGAAAUUUUUUCCAAACCAGUUAAAGUGAAAAACUCCAGGUGUGUUUCUGGUUUGGUUAAAACUUUUUGGUUUUUCAUUCAGUGGGAAGAAAAACCAUAAAUUUGAUUCAAGUAAAAGUAAAAAUAAUCCAAAAAGUAAUUUUUUGUAAAUCCGAUCCGGUGAAAACUUUCAGGAAACCUUUGGGACGUUUCCCAGUCUGGAAGCCUCCUUUCACCCAGUUUGACCAACCCAUCCCAGUUACUGGACUGAACUGGCCUUACCUCCCCAACAGAUGCAAUUUGAACACGGACAGUUGAACCGACGUGCCUUUCUUAGAGUCCAUAUCAUGGAGGAAGACGUUUCCUGGUCUUUUAAUAGGAUGCAAGCUUAGGGAAGCCUGUUGUUAGCGGUUAGCUUCUAUGCAGUCGGGUUUUUUACCAGACCUGGGAAUUUAAAAAAAGAUAAAAAGGUUAAAAAAAGUAUUUUUUUGGAUAAAAAAUAAAACAAAAAAAUAAACUGUAUUUAAUGUACUGUAUGCUUACCUGUAAGUAGACGGCGUGUUCUGGAGUAGACGCUUCGAUUUAGCGAGACCAGCCCCGGUCCCAGUCCUCCCAGUCCUCCCAGUCCUCCCAGUCCCGACCCCAGCUUCCUGUCCCAACCCUCUGUCCACGGUGGACCACUGCGUCUCUUCUUGUAUUAUAGCUUAUCGGCUUUUUAUCAAUAUUUGAUCGGCUUGUCCGUAAGCCAAUGUAGUCUUCAGUACUCAGUGUGUGGUUGUUUGUUGUAAAACUUUUUUUUUUUUUUCGCCCCUCUUCUCUUGAUCUUUCUUUUUUUAAAGAAUGAUUUUUGUUUCUUAUUACUUUUUUGUCUGUUCUGGUUUACAUGUCUAAUAGAAAAACUGUAAAAAGAAUAAAAACUAAACGAAAGGGAAACAAAAGAACAGAAAUCUCCAUCCAGCAGCAUCGUUCGAAUCCCAAACGUCCAACAGGAGGCGAGGAAACUGGAAAAAUCUAUUUGAAUAAAUAAAUCGAUCUAUAUAUAAAUGUACAAAAGUAUAUACGAUAUAUAACGAGGGUGCCGUUUCUGUUUUUUAUUGAUAUUAUCAGUGUUUGUUUUUGGGGAGGAGUUAUUUUGUCAGACUGGACCGACAGAAAACGGCGACGCCCCUCAGUGUUAGAGAUUUUCACCUUGACUGCUCCGUAUUCUUUGUUACGGCAAGUACGGCAUCCCGCACGGGACAAAAGUAACGGGACCGGAGUUCCACAGCAACAACAACACACAGACAUUUGUAAAUUGUAUGCAACAAAAAUUGCAAACUUUACCAUUAUUUUGAAAUUGUGUAUGUAAAAGUUAUAUUUUUACAUGUAGACGGUUGUUAUUUUGUGUUUUAGAAAUAUGUUGUACCGUUUUUCUUUUUUGUUUUUUUGUUAAAAGAUGGAAAAGUACAAUUCAGUGUGUGUUGAAAAAAUGUGUCACAUUGAAAAUGUAGUGAGAUCAAAAGUUCAGAACUCAUUUGUUUUUUUUAUUUUUACUACGUUUUUAUCUGUAAGGGAAUCAGAAGUUCAAAUAUUCCCGUUUGAUUUUCCCUCGCAGCGUUGUUUACGUCUUCAGUUGCAGAAAUGUGUGUAAAUAGUCAUCAGCCGGUUUCCGUGGAAACGCUAGAGACACGACGCUGAUUUUUACCGGUGCCAACCUUUGGUUUUGGUUCGGUCCGAGCCGACUCGCCAACAAUCCGGUUAGAUUCCUGCCAAAAAUCACAGCGUUUGGAUAUUUUUUUAAACUGUAAAAGCGAGUUGAACUCAUCUGUGGAAACGUUUUUUUGGAUGGUUGAACAAAUUUUUGGACAAACUAACUCUGGUAGCCAAAGAGUGUAAAUCAGCUCGGCGCCCCCUGGUGGCUGCGGGUCGACUGCGACUGCUUUUGUUACCUGGAAGAAGGCGUGUAAAUGUUGAAUGAAUGGAAAACCCUCAGCACCUGAUUGGAGAUUAAUAUAUGAUGAUGAUAUUAGAAGAUUGCAGCGUUGCUGAUUUAAAGGAGCAGAUCAUCUGCCAACAAUCUCAUCAGCUAUUUCCCCAAAAACGGAUCGGAUGGAGAGCAAAGCGGCUGCAGUCGCGGUUUUUAGUGUUUGCCGUUCAGAUUGAGCUGCUCUGACUUGGACCUGGGUCAAACACUCGGAUCCAAUCUGCUACAUGUUUUAAUUAAUGUUAUUUUAGAACGUUUUCAUUUCAUAUUUUCUUUGUUGUAUACUCGUCUCCCAGGUUGCAGGAUCCUGAUUUCGUGCCCCAUCGGUUCUAUUAGCGGAGCUGUUAACUUUUGGUUCCUUGUUGUACAUACACGCCUCAUUUCUCUUUUCAGUGACUGUGCCAUGAGCUUUGUAAUCUGUUAAUCUGUACCAGUUUAACUGCAAUAAUGAGUUGAAUUCAAAA